GUAAAAAAUUUAAAAUGAAUAAACUUUUGAUGAGAGCUUCCGUUUAGAGUCGCAUGGAUAUGGAUCCUCCUCUGACUCAGAAGUGGUAGUAACUGAAAAAUUGGUAUAAUAAUUGAAAUCGAAAUUGAAGAAUGCACUCUCUAUUCUUUGAAACCCUAAACCCUAAACAAGAAUUAACAUUUUCUACCACUUGAGGAACAAAACAACACAUGGCUGAUUCUAACUUCAUCAACGAUGAUCCAUCAAACAUUCCAUCCGAUGCAACUAAUGAUGCAGGGAAUGAUGUCAAAUUGAGUUCUAAGGAUCAGAGAGAGGCUCUGCCAGGAGAGCCCAAGUGUAUUGUAUGUGGCCGGUAUGGUGAGUAUAUAUGCGAUGAAACUGAUGACGAUGUUUGCAGUUUGGAAUGUAAACAAUCAGUACUAUGUCGAAUUUCUAAAUCCUCAUCUUGUAUUGGAGGUCUUCCAGCACCUAAAAAGCUACCUGCAGCUGAUGAGUGCUUUUAUGUUAGAGAUUCUGAUUACAAAUAA